GGAAUAUUUGAUCGCCCUAGGUCAUCUGCGUGGUGAUUUUUGAAUUGGUCAUACGGGUUAAAAUCUGUUCGUCGUUUUCAGGAUUCACUUUUAUUGUUCCAUCCAUUUGACCAAAACAAAGAAUUCCAAUACAUAUAGUUCACAUUUUUAGCGUAUGACUGCCUGAUGUCGUCUGCAGUUAAAGUUUUUACUCUUGAGGAGAUCAGGAAGCAUAAUAAACCAAACGACCUCUGGAUUGUGAUUCAUGAUAAAGUAUAUGAUUUGACAAAGUUCGCAUCUGAACAUCCAGGGGGUGAAACUGUAUUAGAACAGCAAGCGGGAGAUUAUGGUACUGAACCGUUUGAAGAUGUAGGACACUCAUCCGAUGCUCGCGAAAUUAUGGAGCAAUACUAUAUUGGUGAAAUUGCACCUGCCGACCGUGAACGGAAAAGCAAAUUCACGUCUUCGUUCACCCUGAAGAAAAUAGAUGGUUUUAGUCUUACCACAUGGUCGGGAUUACUUAUUCCAAUUGGUGUUGUUGUAGCAGCGAUCAUUGUGUAUAAAUGUUUCUUAUGAGUACCUUGUCGUUAUCUGUCUAACUGUACGUGUCUCCAUCGUGUCUCUCUGUUUAAACACUGUGAUCUUGCUUUAAGUCUCUUCUUCUGUGACUGAUACUAGUCUGUGUAUUUUCUUGAGCUAUUUAUUUGUUAAUAUAUUUGUCAUAAUAAAGGAUAGUCAAAAGUUUUUUAUAGAUCUGAUGAUUCCUCUUUUGUUUUAAAGUUUAUAUGUGAUGCAUUGUCUGCAAGCACGUGUGUGUGAUUGGCUGUUUGUUUGCUUUAGAUUACGUACGAACGACACUCAGAACUUCUUUAGUGCAGGAUGUUGCAGUUAUUUAUAAUAUAGAUUUUUCAAUUGGGUUCUAGAGAGUUGCACGGAGCU